CUGCCAAAUUCGAAUUGAGCGAGUGUGUGUGUGGGAAGUUUCAGAGAAAGAACAAAGUAAAAAUUUUAAGUUGCUAUUGCUACCAGCUGCUGCUAAUUUAGGAAAUUCGUAACAUUCAGGAACGCGUAGACAUGGCCAAGGUUAUUUCCCAGGACACCUUCGACGAUGUCGUCAAGGAGAAUGUGGUGGAGUUCUCCAUGACGCCAUCGGAGGCCAAGGAGGAGACCAUCAAACAGUUCGAGGCGCAAGGCAUAAACCUGGCCAACAUCAUUAAAGACCUGUCCAUUAAUCCAGAAUCUGGGAAACCCGUCAUUAACGAAACAGUUGACCAGAUCAAGGAGCACAUUGGUCAAAAGACUGUUAGCACUGCCCAGCUGCUGGAACAGCUGACCAUCCUGGAUGCAGAAUGCGCUAAAUCGUUAGCACAUCGGGUCUUGGCCGGAAAGAACGGGGCCCACGAUUCCCUGAUAACGCUCCUCGAACAGACACUCUCCUCCGAUUCACCCAACGAAGACUUGAUCAAGAAGUGCCUGGAGGCUGUCAACAGUCUGACCAACAAACAGCCGGAUUUGUUUGAUGCGGAGGCAAUGGCCGUAGUCCUAAAGCUUUUAUCGUUGGAGCAGAAUAGUUCGGAAAGGGAGGAAAUUACUUUGCUCACGCUUCAAUGGCUUCAAAAGGCCUGCAUCAUGCACGAAAUGAACCGCCAGAAUAUCAUGAACACACCAGCCCUAAAAUUGAUGAAGCCAUUGCUUGGCAAAGACAAGCCGCGCCUGGUGCGUGAGCUCACCGCCGUGUUCAGAUUCCUGGUGUUGGACGACGAUAUUCGUGUGGAGUUUGGCUGCGCCCACGAACACGCCCGUCAAAUAGCCAACGAGGUCUUACUUCCUUUGGUGGAGUUGCUCCCCGCUUACCAAGAUCCCAAUGUACUAGCCGACCUGCUCCUCACUAUUGGAACGUUGGCAGUUCGUCAAGAACUUUGCACAGCCAUCGACGAGGCUGGCGGUCUGAAGAUCGUCUUUGAGAUUAUGAGCAACAACCUCGGAGAGGUUCGUUUGAAUCGGGAGGGUCUAAAGCUCCUGCGGGCACUGGCUGGACACGACUCUGUAAAGGCGCACAUUGUGCAGCAGGGAGUGGCUCCCAUCGUAAAGCAGCUGUUGGAAACGCACCAAAACAACGAAAAUAUCGUAGCGGCUGCAUUGGCUUGUAUCACCACGCUUACGCUUAGAGUUAAGGAACACAGUGCAGCAUUCUUCGAGACGGGAAUCGCCGAGGUGAUCGUGGAGGCUCUUCGCGCCCAUCCCAAACACAAAAUCGUCCAAAGAAACGGAGCCUGGGCUAUCCGGAAUAUGGUGUCACGAUCGCGCAAUCAGUGCGAGACCUGGAUAUCGUAUGGCGUCGAGGAUCUGCUAAACGCCGCCAUGACGGACCAUCCCAGUGUCGAACAGGACAUUAAAGCGGCGUUGCGAGACCUGGGAUGCAAUGUCCACUUGCGUGAGGAAUGGACGGGCAAAGCAGAAAAAAAGAUCGCCGCCUGAUUAUGGAAUUCCCGUUUCGUAUUUUUGUAUUUAAUUCUAACUUAUUAAUUCAAAAUCAUGCAUUGGCUACCUAACAUAA